AGGGCAGGCUGAGGUUUCGUUUGUCUCUGGCAUCUAGCCAUCUAUACCGGCUGUGGCGCAUUUCGUUCUUCGGGAGUCUGGCGAAUGCCGUUCUCGCUCCCCUCCCAGUCUCCAUACCAUGUGUAUUUGCUACACUUUGGAUAUCACGAUGUAGGCUGUCCUCCUGAUACAUGUCUUAAAGCUUCAAAUGUGUAGUUCAUAUUUCUGAUUGUAGUCUGUUGCGUUUUAAAAAUAUGCUUGUUGCUGCUCUAAUACAUAGAUCAAAACAUUUUUAUAGGUGCACAUAUACACUGUAUUUUCCAUCGACUCUUGCGUAGAUAAUUGUUUGGGGUGUAAGAAUUACUUCUUGGUUAAAACUGCAUGCAAGAUAAUUAGUUAACAUAGGCGACGUUUACUUGGAAAAACAGGCCUAAUAUUCACAGCACCGUUUAGACUUUUUAGAAGACGUUUGAAGGAGGAGGGCGAAAAAGCCUUGGGGGGCGCACUUCAACUCUUGCUUUCACGCUCCGAGCCAGGUACUGCGCGCCACUGGCUCUUUGUCCAGAUUGCCAGUGCGGGAGCGCGCAGCCGUGGCCGCCAGCCAGGGAUCGUGGAGCGCGCACAACCUCUGGAGUCCGACUGCGGUUACGGUGCCAACUACUCGUCUGAGCCACAGCAGGAGACAUCGAGAAAAACUUUUUCGCCAACUUCGUAAUUCCCGAUUUAAGCUGAAACUCCACCAUGAAGGCGACGCUUGUUCUGUCCGCAAUUUGCGCCUUGACUGCGAUCUUAGUGUCGGUGGGAGCCGAGCCGAAAUCCAAAAGCUGCAACGAGGUGAAGGCAGCGUACGGCUCCAAAGGCUUCAAUCUGAACGAUGUACCGAACCAGGGGGUCAACGGCGCCCACCUGAAGGUGUGUCCUCAGGGAUUUACCUGCUGCACGGCUCAGAUGGAGGAAAAGCUGAGCCAGCAGAGCCGCUCCGACCUAAAGGCCCCAGUCAGCCAGCUGAGCUCCACCCUGCAGAGCACCUUCACCCAGAGGCACCGCCACUUUGACCAGUUCUUCCGUGAGCUGCUGGACAACGCCGAGCGCUCCCUGCACGACAUGUUCGUCCGCACCUACGGCCAGAUGUACGUGAAGAACGCCGAGCUCUUCAAGCGCUUCUUCCGCGAGCUGCGGCGUUACUACGCGGCCGGCGCCGGCGCCGUCGACCUCGACGGCAUGCUGGCUGAUUUCUGGGCGGAGCUUCUGGAGCGCAUGUUCCAGCUCGUCAACGUGCAGUACGAGUUCAGCGAGGCCUACAUGGAGUGCGUGAGCCGGCACACCGAGCAGCUGCGCCCCUUCGGUGAUGUGCCACGUAAGCUCCGCCUACAGCUGACGCGCGCCUUCGUGGCGGCUCGCACCUUCACCCGCGGCCUGGCUCUGCUGCCCGACACCAUGGCCAAGGUGUCCACGGUGAGUGCUUCUCCAAGCUGUGCCCGUGCAGCCAUGAAGAUGCUUUACUGCCCUUACUGCUCGGGCCAGGUGACGCUGAAGCCGUGCCAGAGGUACUGCAUCAAUGUGCUACGCGGCUGCCUGGCCAACCAGGCCGACCUGGACUCCGAGUGGAACAACUUCCUGGAUGCCAUGCUGAGCCUGGCGGAGAGACUGGAGGGGCCGUUUAACUUUGAGUCUGUGAUGGACCCGAUUGACGUGAAGAUCUCCGAAGCCAUCAUGAACAUGCAGGAGAACAGCAUACAAGUGUCGCAGAAGGUGUUCCAGGGAUGUGGUCAGCCCAAACUGGCCAUGACCUUCCGAUCCCGACGUGCCGUGAGUGAGGUCGGCUACACUGGCCGCUUCCGGCCGUACAGCCCGGAGGCACGGCCCACCACCGCUGCCGGCACCACUCUGUACAGACUGGUGACAGACGUGAAGAAGAAACUGAAGCAUGCCAAGAAGUUCUGGUCCACGCUGCCGGAGACCGUCUGUGUCGGGGAGAGGGUUGGCCCCACCGAUGACUGCUGGAACGGUACUGCCAAGAGCAGAUACGAGUCGGACCUCACAGACAGCGGAUUGGCCAAUCAGGUGUCCAACCCUGAUGUGGAAGUGGACAUCACCAAGCCCGACGCAGUGAUCCGGAGGCAGAUCAUGGUCCUGAGGGAGAUGACCAGCUGGCUAAAGGCCGCCCACAGCGGCAACGACAUCACUACAGACAACGAGGUUGGCAGUGGUGGUGAGGAGAGUGGCAGUGGGUGUGACUCGCCAUCCUGUCAGGACAUAUACUUCUCCACCGCGGCUCCUGUCAUGCCUCGGCUGGUCAAGGUUGCACAUAAGGAGCCAAAUAGUGGUGCCGCCCUGUUGGCCAUACAUGGUACUACCUUGGCCGGGCUUGCCCUGGCUCUGCUCAUUGUGCACGGGAGAUAAAGGCCAAGGAAAGAGGGAAAAGGAGACCCUGAGAAAGGACAAUACAACAGCCCUCUGGUUUUUGGCGUGUCCACCAUGUGGAAGACUCUUGACUUACAGUAAUUUCACAUUUUAAUUUGAUUGGUUUAUGUGAAUGGACAUUAAGCAUUCAGCGAAGGGAUUUAAUUCUUGGACACUCCAACUUCAGAUUUUACAUUUAAUCGUCAAUGACUUUUCCUUCAUUUUUUUUUUAAACCCCCAUCAUUCACGUUGUUGGACGCUGUACCUCCAUUUUUUUUAUGACUGUGAUUUAGAGAUGUGUGUGUGUGUGUGUGUGUGUGUGUGUGUGUGUGUGUGCGCGCACCUGUAUACCUGCCUUUGCCCAAGCAGCACAAUAGCUUAAAGUGUCUUAUGGAACAAUUUACCCAUUUUAAAAAGAACAAAUGUUAAGAAUUCUCAAGUGUGUGACUGUGCGUGUGAAUGGAAAAAGGGGAGGGGCGGCCGGGGGUGUGUUUUGUGGAAAGGGAGAGUAGGGUAAGGAUACGGUUACUAUCAUAGGUGGCUUUUUCUCAUCUUCAAAUCCGGGAUUUACCAUGAACUGGCUGAAAGUAUGAAGUAAUGAAUAAACGGGGCCGUGUUCAACAGCUCAUGGGCAGUGAGACAGGCCCCUGUUUGAUGCAUCAGAACCACAGUCUGGUUCCCAGUGUGCAGGCGGAACCUAGAGCUAAAGCUGGGAGCAAAUGCAUCCCCGGUUUCUCUUUCAGCUGGGGGAAAGUUGGAAGCCUGCGGUCUGGGGUACGAGGGACAAGUCUGAAGGCUCCUCGCCCAAGUCGAGCUGCUUAACUCAAACCUCAAAGAGUCUGGGUAUAGCGCCAUCUGCCUGUAGGAGGAGACCCAUGGCCUGUUUUGGUGUGACAGCACUCUAAAAGAAACUUUCACAGUUAAGUUUUCAUUUUCAAUCAUUAAAGAAAGAAAGUGCUGGACGGAGCAAAGCGAUGCAGAAGCGUUUGAAGCUGUCUUAGUGAUGUGAAAUUUUAAUUGCGAUACCGUGGGAAAGUUAACUCAAUUGCACAGUGCUGGGGAGAGACAGGAAGGCAGCUCAGUCCCUUAGAUGUUGGUUUUGCUGCUUGUAACUAAGCAACGACUUUCCUUACUCGUGCAGUUACAUGCCGACUUUGUCGGGGCUGCACGUCUCACACCCACACUGUACCAGUUCUCAUUUCAGGUUUUAUUUUUGUUCAGGAUGCCAGGAUAUCAUGCACCAUUCAGUCCCCAAUAUCUGCCUCAUAUCCUUUUAUCUCAGCCAAUCAUCCUUGGUCACAGGACAAAGGUUCACCUAACAGUUAUGCAGGGGUUUGCUCAUGUAAUUGUGUGUAUGUGAAAAUCAGUGUCCAUUCUGUUUAAACUGCCUGACUGUCUUUGGGGAUGUUUUUAAUCAGUCCACUGUACAUGUUGUUUGCAUAAAUCACCUCACAAUACUAUUCCAAAUCUUGUAGCUCUUGUACAGUAAAUUAUUUAAUCGCAUGUUUAUUUUUAAAGGCCAGCAUUUGAGAAUCGCUCUUGUUAGCUAUCAGAAGUACCCUUUUGAAACCAAAUAUACAUAUUUACAUAGGUGAAAAGUAAUUAAGUUUGUCAAGCUAGUAUUUUUAUACGGCCUUCAUAAAACAAUGUUUUGUGUUGAAGAUGUUGACUGUAAUGAGGAAUUUCACUGGUGAAUAUUGGACAGACUUUGUGGGCCUCUUGUUACGGUACCGUUGAACUCAAAUCCCAGAGGAGUUACGGAGGAAAAAUGCACCAGUAAUUUUUAAACCACAACACAAUGAUUAAUUUGAGGCUGAAAAAUCAUGGAUCUGCUAUAACAGGAAAGAAAAACCUGUUUAGGAGUAACACUAACUGUGUUAACAUCAACUGUGUCUGGACAUGACUGGGAGGAUGAACAGUGAUUUGGGAAAGAAAUGGAGAUGCACCGCAUCAUCUUUGGUGAUCAGACUCAAAAAAAUAAUUUGCCUUUAAAGGACUCCAGUACUGGGAGAUAUUUGAGAGUUUGGAGAUUCAGCCAACUGCCAGGUCCUGUCAUAACACACCCUACCUGCAAGGAUCCAAAGUGUUCAGCAGUUCUGUAGAAGUAGAACAAUAGUCCUUUUCAAUUGACAACCUUGUGGAGAAUGAUCCCAACUGGUUGGCAGAUAACUAAUUCCCCAGAUUAAUAAAUAUCUGGUUCACAUUCAACUUUCAGGCCAGGAACAGAUAGCGGGUGAAGCAGAGAAAUCUUACACCCAAACUGGAGGGAAAUGGUGAACUAACUGAAGGAAAAAAUAAUCUUGUAAAUACAUGAGCUGGUUUAGAUGUCUCUGAAAGAGGCUGUUAAAGGUUUUAAAAACCCACUUUCACAGAAUAUCUAAUCUUGGAAGGGAAUGAAGAAUUAAAAAGGUCAAUUGAACAGCAUUUAUUGCUUUUGUUAAAUUACAAGAGACUGCAUUUAUGUUUCACAGUGUACCUUUCAGUAAACAUUUCUUUCCAGGAAGCAAUUGGUGAUUGGGCAAGGUGACAUGGGUGUGGGACAGAUGUGCUUUUAUUUUCAGUUUACCCCAAUGUCACGUCAGACCAGGCCUGUAGCCACAAAUGAAAUUUGUGGUAAGUCUGGCAGCCCUACCGCAUUGUGGUCCUCGGUAGAUUUUGCCAUGGUGGUAGUGGGAAGUUAUCCUCAAUUAGAUUUUGGUAACUGGGGGGGAUUUCCCCUCAGAGGAUUUUGUCAAUGGGGGGGGGGGGAUAAAGCAAAUUUUUGGGGGGGGGUUCAAACUCUAGUAACUAUGUGCCUAUUUGUCAGACUGUUUUAUUUUGUGAAAUGAUACUGCUUUGACCAAAAAACAGCACACAUAGGCCUAUUGGUGAUCAACCUAUAAUGAGAACAUUUAAAUUUGAUAUCUAUUGUUUUCUGUGAAGUGUUUUAUAAUAUUGGUAAUAUUUCAGGAUACUCCACCCUAAAACAUGCAGGUUUUGAAAAUAUAAAACCGAGAACUGGUUUUCAAGGUUAUGUGAAGCAGGAAAGCAUUUUAAAGCAAAAUGUGAAAAAAGCUAAAUAUGUAAUACAUAUGCAUAGAAAUAAAAGGAACACAAAUUCA